CAGGUGUACAAGGGAUAGCUGAGCAUGCACUAGCCCCAGCCUGCCUAUCACUUUCAUUUCCUGAGGCAAUGAGAGAUGGAUGCUCACCAAGACCCCAAGUGUUGUUGCCCAAGUGUUCCUUCUUCUAAGCAUAGUUCUCGUCAUUACUAUUGCAGUGAUUCAGAUAAAUCGGCAACAAAUUCUCUCCCCAGGGCUUAAGUAUGGAAUAGUCCUUGAUGCUGGAUCCUCUCGGACCACAGUCUAUGUCUAUGAGUGGCCAGCAGAAAAAGAAAAUAACACGGGAGUAGUAAGCCAAACCUUCAAGUGCAAUGUGAAAGGCCCUGGUAUAUCCAGCUAUGAGAGUAACCCUGGAGCUCUUGGCAAAUCCUUUGAUGACUGUCUGAAUAAAGUCAAGGAGAGAAUACCAGUCCAUCUGCAUAAAAAUACUUCUGUUUAUCUGGGGGCUACAGCUGGCAUGAGACUCCUGAGGUUGCAAAAUGAAACGGCAGCCAAUGAAGUCCUUGCAAGCAUUCAAAACUACUUCAGAGCGCAACCUUUUGAAUUUAGGCAUGCUCAAAUCAUAACUGGGCCAGAGGAAGGGGUGUAUGGAUGGAUAACAGCCAACUAUUUAAUGGGCAAUUUUUUAGAGAGAAACCUUUGGAGAACAUGGGUCCAUCCUUACAGAAAAGAGACUAUGGGUGCACUGGAUCUUGGAGGAGCUUCCACUCAAAUUUCAUUUGUCCCAGAGGACUCUCAGGAGAACUUGAAUAGCAUCGUGCAAGUGAAGUUGUAUGGUUACAACUACAAUGUCUACACUCACAGCUUCCAGUGCUAUGGGAGAGAUGAAGCUGAGAAAAAGCUUUUAGCAUUGCUGCUCCAGAAAUCAAAUACCAGUUCCAACGUGGAUAAUCCAUGUUACCCUCAAAAUUAUAAUACUGCAUUAACAAUGAAGUACUUCUCUGGCAGCCUUUGUACACAGUCCCUGAGACCAGCUAAUUACCACCCAAAACAGCUUGUGAACUUCCAUGGAACAGGAGACCCACGUCUGUGCCAAGAGAUGGUUUCUUUAUUGUUUAACUUCACUGCUUGCAAAACCAGAGAAGACUGUCCUUUUAAUGGAAUAUAUCAGCCAAAAGUUAAAAAGAAUUUUGUGGCUUUCUCAGGAUUUUACUAUACAAUUAAUGCUUUGAAUUUAUCUGGGCACUUUUCCCUAGCUGACUUCAAUUCCAGUAUGUGGUUUUUCUGUUCACAGAGCUGGGCACAGCUCCAGUUUAUGCUACCUAAAUUUGAAGAAAUAUAUGCUAGAUCCUACUGUUUCUCGGCCAAUUUCAUUUAUUACUUGUUUGUACAUGGUUACAACUUUGAUGCAGAAACUUGGCCACAGAUACAUUUUCAAAAGGAGGUUGGUAACAGCAGUAUAGCGUGGUCACUCGGUUACAUGUUAAGCCUCACCAACAUGAUACCAGCAGAAGGCAAGUUGAUCCAAUUACCUCUGAAACCUUCUCUGUUCACUGGACUCCUCAUCUUCCUCUCAGCCAUGGCCUUGCUGUGUCUUCUCUUCCUUGUUUACUUGUGUGUUGUGUCACGUACUCGGAAGAACAUCAGUCGUGUGGAGUGUGUAUUUAUUCCAGAGUGA